UGACAGCAGACAGGGCGCCCUAUUAUUUACACAGCACCAUGUGUUCCUGAGAGCACAACAAGCAGAGUGAGAGUGUCACAGUUCGCUGCCUGCAAAGCCUGUGCCCUGAGGGAAGCGAGUAAGAGCAAGAUCCCAUUCUGUUCCUGCAGGCGAGUUGGAGACGAGGUCAUCAAGGGAAAUGGGAAAUGGCUCUAUGAAAUCCAAACCACUUAAGCAGCCAGAUGGACAACGGGUGAACUUCUCCAUCAGCUCCUGCAACAAGCUCCGUAAUGCAGACACUGUAAAAAAUAAAGUCUGGGAAUUAGAGAUAGAACUUAAGAAAAAAGAUGAGAAGCUGAAGAACAAAGAACAAAUAUUUCAAGAGCUGCAGGAACAAAUUAAGAAGCAAAAUCAGGUUAUUGAAGAGAUGGCAGAAGAACUUCAAAACAAAUGUGUUCAACUUAACAAACUGCAAGUUGUUGUACAAACUCAGAAUGGUAUCUCCACAACUCCAGACCUGCAUAAAAUGUUACAGCCCUCUCCAACAAAAACCCUUCAUGCUUUACCAACUAAAUCAUUGAAGGGAUCCCCACUUAAAACCUUUUCAGGCCUGUUCAGCAACAGCAACAAGAGAAAAGGGGCAAAGGAAGGAGUUUCUGCAGAACCUACCAGCAGAUAUGAUGGAGGUGAUCAUCCAAGAUUCUCAUUUGAAAAAGCACGUGUUAGGAAAAAUACAAGUGAGAAGAUUCUUAUAUCAGAUGCUUUAAACAAGAACCAGUUUAUGAAGAGAAUGGAUCAUCAUCAAAUUCAAGACAUGGUAGAAUGCAUGUAUGAAAGAAUAUAUCUUCAAGGUGAAUUUAUUAUCAGACAAGGGGAACCAGGAAGCCAGAUCUUUGUAUUAGCAGAUGGAAAAGCAGAAGUUUUUCAGGAGAACAAACUUCUGACAUCCAUCCCAGUCUGGACAACAUUUGGGGAGCUUGCAAUAUUGUACAACUGCACAAGAACAGCCUCUGUGAAAGCAAUCACCGGUGUCAGAACGUGGACUCUAGACCGCGAAGUGUUUCAGAAUAUAAUGAGAAAGACAGCCCAAAGUAAACAUGAAGAAUACCUAAGUUUUCUUAAGAGUGUGCCCUUGUUGAAGGAACUUCCUGAACAUAAGCUAAUGAAGAUUGCAGAUUGCUUGGAACUGGAAUUCUAUGAAAUGGAUGAUUACAUUAUUCGUGAAGGAGAAGAAGGGAGCACAUUCUUCAUAAUUUCUAAAGGAAAGGUGAAAGUGACCCAGAGCACAGAGGGUUAUAAAGAACCUCAGUAUAUAAAAUUUUUGGAAAAAGGAGAUUACUUUGGUGAAAAAGCUCUUAUCAGUGAUGAUGUCAGAUCAGCAAAUAUACUAGCAUAUGGAGAUAGAGUGGAGUGUCUUGUCAUGGAUCGAGAGACAUUUAAUAAGACAGUUGGAACGUACGAAGAACUUAUGAAAUGUCUUGAGGGAUAUGUAGCAAAUUUGACCCUUGAUGAUGAAAGAAGGCAUGCCAAGAGCCCAGUGAAUGAACGACAUCUAAGAGCCGUGUCAAUGGAACUGAAUAAAAUGAAACAAACUCUUGCAAGAUUUCCAUCUGCAUCCCCUUUUGAGAAUCUAGAGAUUGUCACAACACUGGGUGUCGGUGGGUUCGGGAGAGUGGAACUUGUCAAGGUAAAGAAUGAGAAUCUGGUUUUUGCACUAAAAUGCAUUAAGAAGAGGCACAUUGUGGACAACAGGCAACAAGAGCAUAUACAUUCUGAAAAAAACAUUUUAGAAGAAGCAUGCUCUCCUUUUAUUGUGAAACUCUACUGCACUUUCAAGGAUAAUAAGUAUGUGUAUAUGCUUCUUGAAGCAUGCCUUGGAGGGGAGCUUUGGAGCAUUUUAAGAGAUAGGGGCAGUUUUGAUGAGCCUACUGCAAAAUUCUGCACUGGGUGUGUAACAGAGGCUUUUGAGUAUUUGCAUCAAAAAGGGGUUCUAUAUCGGGAUUUGAAGCCAGAAAACUUACUUCUGGAUUCAGAAGGCUAUGUCAAACUGGUUGAUUUUGGAUUUGCUAAGAAAAUUUUCCCUGGGCAAAAAACAUGGACAUUUUGUGGCACGCCAGAAUAUGUUGCUCCAGAAGUUAUUUUAAACAAAGGACAUAGCUUCAGUGUGGAUUUCUGGUCACUAGGAAUAUUAUUGUAUGAACUCCUGACAGGAAGCCCUCCUUUUACUGGACCUGACCAGAUGAUCAUCUACAAUUUAAUUCUUCAAGGAAUUGAAAAAAUAGAAUUUUACAAAAAUAUAACAAAACGCCCUGAAGAUUUGAUUCGCCGCCUCUGUAGGGAGAAUCCAGCAGAACGACUUGGAAAUAUGAAGAAUGGCAUAGCUGAUAUUAAAAAGCACAGGUGGUUUAAUGGCUUUAACUGGGAAGGAUUAAAUACUAGGAGUCUGCCUUCUCCUUUAAAACCUGAGCUAGAAGGCCCCACAGAUCAUAGUUAUUUUGACAGCUACCCACCAGAUGAAGAAAUCCCUCCAGAUGAGGUGUCAGGAUGGGAUCAAGACUUCUGAAAGAUGUGUUUAUUCUGCUUAUAUUCUUUGAGCUAAGCCUCAUACCAGGGUUCCUGCUGACUGACUAAUGUAAUACUGAAUGGCAUAAAGAGUGUAUUUGGUUUAAAAAUGCAAACAACAUACUUCUUAUUUAAUUUUAUUAUGCAUCUAUGCAGUUAUCUACUAUGCAGAGAUGAUAAAAAAGUGUUUUUCAAAGACUUUGAAGAAAAUUCAAAGUUUGAAGAAAAUUGAGUUAGUUUUCUAUUUAAUUGUCUGUUUUUAACUCAAUAAAUGAGGUUUGUAUUCUC